GUCAGGAUACCUUGCGCUCUGAACAGUAAUGGCGAACCCCAGAUGAAUUACGUGAAUGGGGCUUUGACAUGUCGAAUGAAGGGGGUCUAGUUAACGUAAAACAUGGCGGCCCCCAGUGUGGUACACAUGUGUCGGGUCUGGAUGUAAACAUUGACCUGCCAGAUGCAUUUUCGAUUAAAAACGAGCUUCUCUCGGAAGAUCAACUUGUUGAACAAAAAGGAAUACAAAAUGGCGACAGCCUGCACUUUCUAUCAUCGCCAUCGGACGUAGAUUUGGAUAGCUACGACAGAGUUGUCGUUGAAAACAGCACAGAAUGGCUGAAGUCGAGAUGCAGAAAUAUAGAAAGUAUAGAUUUUGAAAUUCCAACAAGUGGGAGCGAUGGAAUUGAGUUAUUUGGUGCCUCGUUAUCUGACACGGGAGAUCUGCCGCUCUGUCCGGAAGGGUCGGUCCUUCCAUUGGAGACGUCAUGUCUGUUACUGGGAGGAACGAGUGGAUCUCUAUUGUCCACAGCAAACUCGGGAGGAGUCUCUUUAGCAAGUUCCACAAUUUGUUCCAUAUUUUCUCAUCCACAGCCCAAUGACUGUAGUACAAGUAUUACUGACAAGGAUGUCUCAAUAUUUGAAGAUAAGAAUAAUAUGUUGAUGACUCCCCAGGAACUGGAGAGCAUGCCAGACAGGGGUUUAGAGUUUGAAGCUUCAGUGGGGCCUAAAAGCUCCAGUCUGGACAUUUUCUCAAAGUCACCAAGUGACAUCUCUUCAUAUGUUUCAUUAAAAAACAAGACUACGCAAGUCACUAAACUAGCGCAAGCAGUCAGUGCUUCAAACAGUGCAAUAACUGUAACAAAUAGUAGUAAACUGAAUGUUGUUCAAGUCCACCAACCAAUGAAUAUUCAAAAUGUCACACCCACAAGUCUCGCGUCAGGCAGUUUACAGAUUGUGCCAAAUCAACUUAUCACUUUUCAACCCCCCAAAACUGAUGGGAGUAGUGAAAAACCAGCCUCAGAAAUCAAAUUUGUGCCAGUGCAGAACACUACCCAAAUUCUUGUCAACACCAGUCAGGGGCAGCAACUCUUGCACAUCAACUCCAGUCAACUUCCUGGGAGUGAUUCCAUGACAAGAUUGAUGCCUGGAAAUCAGUUGACGAAAAAUAUUGACAGCUCUAAAGCCCCACCCGUUCAAACAGGUUUUCUGAUAUUGCCAGCUAAUCCAGGAGGAAGCACCAUUCUAACCACAAAUUCGGGUGAGGCAGGAGGUCAAACCGUUAUAAACGUGGACACUUCCGCUGCUAAGCCUCCCAUGUUUUUGAAGAACCCCAUCGGAGGCCCUCACAAAUGGGUCUACAUGUACCUGUGUACGCACCCAGGAUGUGACAAAAUUUUCAGGAAGUUAUCCAAAAUGAGGAUACAUCUGAUGAGUCAUACUGGGGAGAGACCGUUUAAGUGUAGCAAGCCAGGCUGUGAUUGGGCAUUUACUACUUGCUACAAACUUAAGAGACAUGAAGAAUCUCAUCAAGGAAGGAAAGAUUUUCAGUGUGAUUACCCCGACUGUGGAAAGAGGUUUGCCACAUCUUAUAACUUGAAAUCUCACAAGAAAUCUCACGAGAAACCAUGUGAGCCUUGUUUAGAACCAGGCUGUACCAUGAAAUUCCCAAAUCGUAGACAGCUGAACCUUCACAUGAAAACACAUAAUGGAUCUGAAAAGAAAUACAAGUGCCCAGUAGAUGGCUGUGAUAAGACCUUCUUCUCCCCUCACUGUAUGGGCUCGCAUCCACGCACCCAUCAACAGGACCGGGACUUUAGGUGCAAUUACGAGGGGUGUACCAAAGUAUACUCUACAGCGUGUCGCCUCAAGCAGCACAUGAGAUCUCACACCGGGGAAAAGCCAUUCGUCUGUUACUUUGACAAUUGUGGAUGGGCAUUUACCACUGCAAGUAAGCUGCGACGUCAUCAAGCCAAACACACAGGUCUGCGCAAAUGGAAAUGUCCAGUGGAGAAUUGUGGACGUGCGUUUAUGAGAUCGGAGCACCUGAAAGGUCACAUGAUAACACACAGUGGAAAGAAGGCGUUUUCUUGUCCAGUUGAAGGGUGUACUGCAAAAUUUGUUGCCAAAACAAGUUUGAAAGUUCACAUGAAUCGUCAUGAAAGUCAGAAAGUGGAAAAGAUAGCAUAUCACUGUCCUAUAGAAGGAUGUAUGAAGAAGUAUUUUUUGAAGUCCAAACUUCGAGAACACAUGGUUCAGAAACACUUGAGCAGCAUAUCCAGCAAUGGUCAGGUCACCCAGCUGGACCUGGAGCCCCUCUUAGGGGGAGAACUACAUGACAUUGGAAUGUUAGCCACAAACUCGGAAGCCAAAACGGUGGUCCAGACUGUUCAGAUCAACAAUCCUGGCGGAGGCCAAAAUGAGGAACAGUCUGUCCAAUCAACAGAACCAAAGACAACCACAGCCAUGCUGACCAUCCCAGCAUCAGAGCACUUGACCAUUGACCCCCUGGAGUUUAUCACCAAUCCUGCAGAUUCUUCUGGAGAAAUCCCACAGAUCAGUCAGGCGGUACUGAACCAGCUGAUGUCGGGGUUAGAGAAGCCAGAGAUGACUACUAAUCAAACAGCUGACCACACUCAAAGCCUGGCCAGUCCAGUGGUGCUGGAAAACAGUAGCGGAUCAGCCCGCACUGACUAUUUAAGUAACCACAACCUUAGCUACCGAGCCAGACAGAGGCGGCAGUUACUGAAGGAGAAAACCUCGUCUGCUGCCAAAAACCAGGACUUUGCAGAUCAAGAAAAUUCAGACGAGAGUUUGAUUGUCCAGACAUCUCCAGGGUUUAUAAAUCCAGAGGAGACAGCCCUACACAGUGCCCCCUCCGACAGAGUGACCUUCACCUCCCCGGCCGAUUCCCUGUCCACUCGGGGGAUCACCUUUAGAGACCCAGAGACAGGGGUCAUGUACAUACAAACACAACUUCUACAGGAUGACCCUCCUAGUACAGUAACGGACUUGUAUCCUGACGAACAAGUGUUGGGAAGUGAAAUUUCAGAUCUGACUGAUAAUUCUUCUACCAGUCUAGACCAGUCCAUUCAAGAUAAUGAGUUCACGGGUUCUACCAUCAACUUUCAGGAUCUCCAUUGACCAGUGUUAAAGGAAGGCAAACUUGGAAGAACAGAUCAUGAAAAUAAAAUGAUAUUGUGAAGUCUGUUGUGAAUCUUGCAGUAAAUCCAUUGUGUUUCUGUAGCUGCCGUCUGUGAUGCAACCUACAGGUACAUUAUACUCGUGUUUUCCCGAGAUUGAAUCAGAUGCAAGAAAUAUGGAAGACUAGUAUCACAUAUAAAACUAUAUAGGGCAAAAUCCGGGAAUUUUCUGCCUGUGCUUUGAUGCAUUUUUCUGACAGAGAAUUCCGGUGUAUGAUACAUGUGUUUAUUGAAUAUCUGUAUCGGUUUGCUUUUAAAAUUCAUGUCAAAUUUUAAGUAUUGCUUUCAGAAUGCAAGGCAAAUGUAUUCUAUGAAGUUGCAAUAUCUGCCACAUGCAUGUUUACAUUACAGCUUGAAAUCAAGUUUAUCCUUGCUACUAUUGGUUUUGUUUUCAAAUUUGAGUACAAAAAGUCCUUGAAAGUGUUGGAUCAGUCAAGCUGUUUCCAUUCUGUGCUUGUGGUGGUCACAUGUAACAAUAGCUUAAAUAUAUAAAACAUGUAACUCUGCUCUGAUGUACUAUCAUCCCACAUUACUAAUACAAGUAAGUUACAGAGUGUGUUAAUUUUUAUACGUCUGUCAUUAGACGGGACGUAUUAUGUUAUGGCGCUGUCCGUCCGUCCUGGGUCAUAUUUUCCGGACUUUAUUCCGUAACAGAUGCAUGUACAACUUUGAAAUUUGGUCACAAUAUCUCCCUCAAGAAUUGUAAGAGUGAGUUUGCAUUUCAGCUGGAUUGGUCCAUCCAUGACCUACUUUAGGGCUCUAAGUAGGUCAAACAUUUUUCCAGACUUUUUCGUUACAGAUAUAGAUAUUGCCCUGAAAUUUACACAUAAGCUUCCUCUUGGAGGAAUACGAGUUCAGUUUGCAUUUCAGCUAGAUUGGUCCGUCCACCCAUGACCGACAGUAGGACUUAAAGUAGAUCAAACAGUUUUCUGGGCUUUUUUUCACUAUGGAUACAGAUAUUGCCUUGAUAUUUAGUCAAAGGUUUCCUCUCAGAGGAAUACAAGUUCAGUUUGCAUUUUACCUGGAUUGGUUCAUCCUUGACCUACUUUUGGACUAAAAAUAGGUCAUACAGUUUUCCAGGCUUUUUUUCCAUUACAGAUACAGAUAUUGCCCUGAUAUUUAGUGAAAGGCUUCCUCUCGGAGGAAGACAAAUGCAGUUUACAUUUCAGCUGGAUUGGCGCACAAUGAUUUACAGUACUUUAGGGGUAGAAGUAGGUCAAACAGUUUUCCAGAUUUUUUUGGUAUGGUCACAGGUAUUGCUCUGAAAUUUAGUCACAACCUCCCUUUCAGAGAAAUACAUAAUCUGUUUACAUUUCAACUUAAUUGGUGCACCAUGACCUACUUUAGGGCUAAAAGUAGAUCAAAUGGUUUCCUGGACUCUUUAUCAUAGGUCCAACAUUUUGUUUAAAUCUCGCUCUUGGAGAAAUACAUAAUCAGUUCACAUGUCAGAUGGAUUGGUGCACCAUGGCCCACUUUAAGGCUUUUCUAUUCAGAAUGUGUGUUGUAUCAAUUCAGAGUGCACAAUAUGCUUCCAGGUUGAAUUUCACUGAGUCUGUCCGGCGGGCGUAUAUUGUACUGUUUGCAGUACUCUUGUUGUAAAAUACAAAUAAAUUACAGAGUGUGUUAAUUUUUGUACAAUACAAAUAAAUUACAGAGUGUUAAUUUUUGUACAAGGUGUGGGAGAUAGAUUUGGUAUUGUUGCAUUUCUUGCAGAGUAAACGUAUUAUUAGAGCCUCUGUUGUCCUGCAGCAUUCUUAGUGGCAGAGCCUCUGUUGUCCUUAGUGGCGAGUAUUGUAUUAUUGUUGUUAACUGUUAUUGUAAUAAAAACCUGAAUGGUACAUGUA